AGCGUCGAAUCAAAUCACAGCACAGCGCGAGCAGUUGAUGUGGUUGAAUCAGUCAAUGAGUAGCACUGCUCCCAGCGAGUCGCUCCAGAGCGUCUAUAAAUACGGCCAAUAGCCGAAGCGGAAAGAUCGCGGGGCCGCGAGUUAUAAAACACCGAUUGGAAGUGCAUUUCACCACGUGCCUGGCGGACACUUCAAUUGUACCUAUACCAUGACCAGCCAAAAGGAGGGAAACGGCAGCUCCCCGAGCGAUGCCAAAAGCAAUGGACACGCGGACACGGAGGCGGCGACGGGUGGCGGGGACGACGACAACUCUCUGGACGCAAUUUUGGUGCGGAUCGGCCAGUUCGGGCGCUAUCAGAUCAUUAACUAUGUUCUGCUCUGCGUUCCCAUGCUCUUCAAUGCUUUCUUCUCCAUCUCCUAUGUUUUCACGGCGAGCACAGUGGUUCACAGGUGCAACGUCCCACAGUGCGACAAUUCCACUAGUGUGUACGAUGAGAACUGGCUGAACUUCACCAUUCCCUACAAGAACUCGGCCAUCGAUGCCUGCCAUCGCUACGCUGUCAACGAGACUGAGGCCCCUGAUCCAUUCCUAGGAUACUGCGCCAAGGAUUAUUUUACUACUGAAUCGGAGACCUGCGGGCAUGACUUCAAGUUCAGGGACGAGGAGAAGACUAUAUCAACGGAGUUCGGAAUAUACUGUGAGGACGAGUGGAAGCUUUCCAUGGUGGGCACCAUAAACAAUGUGGGUCAGUUCGUCGGCAUCCCACUUGGAGGAUUCUUUGCGGAUAGGUUCGGUCGUCGCACCAUGCUGGCCGUUGCCGGUUCCCUGAGCGCCUUGAUGGGCGUGAUCCGUUCGCUGUCGAGCAGCUACUCCAUGUUCAUGGUUUUCGAGUUCCUGGACAUGGCCGUGGGCAGCACCCUCUUCCCCACCGCCUUCCUGCUGGCCAUCGAACUGGUGGGUCCCAAGCGGCGUGUGGCGGCGGCGACGAUUAUCACCAUCUUCUACGCUCUGGGUGAGGCCUUCCUCGGAUUCCUGGCCUCCCAGGUGCAGCACUGGCGCUGGCUGCUCCGAGUGCUCUACGUCCCAGCCGUGCUGCAGAUCCUCUUUCUGUGGAUCCUGCCGGAGAGUGUCCGAUGGCUUCUGAGCCAGGGCGCCGAGGAGAAGGCCGCCGACGUUCUGCGACGAGCCGCACGGAUCAAUAAGCGAGCCCUGCCCGAGGAGCAAGUGGAGGAGCUGCUGGCCUCCAACCGACAGAAGCUCAGCCAGGCCAAUGAGAGCCAGUACCCGAUCAUGAGAGCCGUGCGCUUCUUCUCGCUGCGGAUCGCCAACUGUUGCCUUUGCUGGUUCACCCACACGCUGAUCGCCCUGGGACUCAGCCUCAACUCGGUUAACCUGGGCGGCAACAAGUACACCAACUUUAUGCUGAACGGCUUCAUCCAGAUCCCGGGCCUGCUGCUGCCCCUGGUCAUCAUGGAUCGCGUUGGAAGGCGCUACUCGCUUUGCGUCUCAAUGCUGCUCUGUGCCAUCUGCAUGGGCGCCUCUGCGGGAGUGCCAGAAGAUAACUACGCGGGUUCUCUGAUCCUGUUCCUAAUUGGAAAGCUGGCCAUCACCUGUAGCUUUCAGAUCCUGUACUUUUUUACGUCGGAGAUCUUUCCUACCAACGUGCGGAACAGCCUGCUGUCUCUUUGCUCCAUGGUGGGACGCAUUGGCUCCAUGUUGGCUCCUCAAACUCCUCUAUUGGCCAAAUACUACAUUUACGCCCCGCAAAUACUAUUCGCUACCUUUGCUCUGAUCAGCGGCUUCCUGACCCUAGCAUUCCCCGAGACGGCGGACAAGGUGCUUCCAACGACCAUGGAGGAAGCACGAGACUUGAAUCUGGCCAAGCGCCGCGAUCAGGGAGUCGAGGGGCAAGAGCGGGGGGAGGAAGUGGCGCCCAAGGUCUCCCAAUAACGAUCUCGGGUCGGGAACUGCAAGGAGGCUAAUAGAAGCCAAUGCAUUUGUUGAUUUUUUAAAGUGUUUUGUUUAGUUAAGGUUCGUCCGUACGAUUUUGUAAUGCACUGAACAUCAAGAAUUUUAUUCGUGAUAUUUAUAUGCUGCAUUGUCUGGCUAGCUUAUUUUAAAAUUCAAGCAAAUCUGUAAAUGUCAUUAUUUAUUUUUCAUUUUAGGUUGUACAUAAGUGAUCAAAUCGGUCCACCAAUGGUAGGGAAUAAAUUCUUUUAAAAUAUAUUUUAAUUUUUUUUGAAUGAGAUUUUUGUAACUCAUUUAUUUUAAAUUAAACAUUUUACUUUAAAUUUAAAUCUGAUUGUUAUUUUUUAAUUCUGUAAGUGAAUGAGUCUAUAUUAAUCAAUGCAAUUAUAUUAGCUAGGUUUUAAGAUACAAUAAAGGGUGGCGAAUUUUUUAAAGUCAAUCGAA